AUGGAUCUCGCCAACCUCCUUUCUCACACUGUCUAUACCCCCAAGGACUCGAGCCACUACAAGCGCUCAGCUCCUCUCUCUCCACCAGUCGAGGAACCAAAAUGCUCGCUCCCUUCUAUCUCUGCCCUCCUCGAGGGUGCCGACGGCCAGCACUCAGCCAAGCGCCAACGUCUCUCACCUCACCGUGAAGACAUCCGCCACUAUGAGAUGCCCCCAACACCACCCCUCCGCCCGGGCUCAGGCAACGGUCAAAGCCGCGCCUCGCCAGUGACCACAAAGGAAUCCAACCACCGCUCCUCAAUCUCAAGCACAAGCUCAAUCCACAUCAACGCUCAGCCCUACGCCUCUCCAGCCCCCAGCGUCUCCUCCUACACAUCCCCAGUGGAGGCCCCGCAACACCACCAACAUAUGUACUACACCCGCCCACCAACAGCCUCAACCUUCAACCCAGCCACGCCAGUGACAGUACCAGCCCCAAUGCCAACCCUGCAAACCCAACACCACCACGCCCACGGCCACUCGCACUCGCACUCCGCCUCAUCUGCCCUCAUCUCCCCUGUCACUCCCGCCUGGCAACACCACCACUACUUCCCCCCUUCCACUGCGGCACCAUACCAGCAAAACCACGACCGGUAUAUCUGCCGCACCUGCCACAAGGCUUUCUCGCGCCCUUCCUCGCUGCGCAUCCACUCCCACUCGCACACUGGCGAGAAGCCUUUCCGGUGCACACAUGCCGGGUGUGGCAAGGCCUUCUCCGUACGGAGUAACAUGAAGCGCCACGAGCGUGGAUGUCACUCUGGACGCCCUGUUUCUGCGAACGCCACCGCGCUUGUGGUUUAG